AUGACAAAAUCAUUGGAUCUUCCUCCCAAGGGCGGGUUCAGUUUCGAUCUCUGCAGAAGAAAUGAUAUGCUUCAAAAGAAGGGUCUUAAACCCCCUUCUUAUUUGAAGACUGGAACCACUAUCGUUGGUUUAGUUUUUCAGGAUGGUAUCAUUCUUGGAGCAGACACCAGGGCAACUGAAGGACCUAUUGUCGCUGAUAAAAACUGUGAGAAAAUUCAUUAUAUGGCACCCAACAUUUAUUGUUGCGGAGCAGGCACUGCGGCUGAUACAGAGGCCGUAACAGACAUGGUUAGCUCACAACUGCAACUACAUCGCUACCAUACUGGUCGGGAAUCAAGGGUUGUUACAGCACUAACUCUUCUUAAGAGACACCUUUUCAAUUACCAAGGUCAUGUCUCAGCUGCAUUAGUUCUUGGUGGGGUUGACAUCACUGGACCGCAUUUACAUACCAUCUAUCCACAUGGGUCAACUGACACCCUUCCGUUUGCUACAAUGGGAUCGGGUUCACUUGCUGCCAUGUCUGUAUUUGAGUCUAAAUACAAGGAAAGUUUGAGUAGGGAUGAAGGAAUUAAGAUAGUUGUUGAGGCGAUAUGUGCUGGUAUAUUUAAUGACUUGGGAAGUGGAAGUAAUGUUGAUGUUUGUGUCAUAACCAAGGGACAUAAGGAAUAUCUAAGGAAUCAUCUCCAACCAAAUCCCCGUACUUUUGUUAAUCCAAGAGGCUUUACCUUUUCCAAAAAGACAGAGGUUCUCUCAACAAAAGUUACACCAUUGAAGGAGAAGGUUGAAGUAAUUGAAGGAGAUGCUAUGGAAGAGUAG